AUGAGUGGGUUUGCACCUCAUGGGCAUUCACUGUUGAUGAUCGUGCCCACCGUCGUGUCCACCGUCGUGUCCGUCUAUGCUUGUGCUUGUCUCUGCCCUUCCCACGAGCGCAGCUCGUGGGUUCGCGCACUAUGGGCGUUCACUCCCAGUGCUGGGAAUGAGGACAGGAGGAAUGAGAUUGUCAUCGUCCUGGUGAUCACCAAACAAAUCAUGUUCGUCGGGAAGCGGUUCCUCAUCGUCCAAUUCUGCUGCUGGCCUGGGUCUGCGAGUAGUCGAGCGACAGAUGAAAGCCUGGGGGUAGACAUCGACUGUGGGAGUGGCAUGUUGGUCUGCAGCGAAGGGAUCAUCACCAUCGAGGUCCAUGUUGUGGUUAAUGAGGAGACCACAUGGUUUGGCACUGCGAGCCAGUUGCCCGUGGAGACGAGGAAUGCGACGACCAUCUUCAUCAUAAACAUUGUUCUCUCUUCACAUCUCUGGAUCUCAAUGGGGAAGAUCAGAAAAAUCGACCUCUUGACGGAAGUCAGGAUCUGGGGAAUCGUACAGAACACCAUGGGUGUUGACAAGCUCUUCAUCUGGGACCUCCUCCCAACACUUUACACACAUGCAUCUGGGAACAGGAGUAUUAAUGCGUGGAAUGAAGUAAGAACAUAA